CGCGGGGCUUGGCCUUCCGGACCCGGGGGCUGUCGAGCGCCAUGGCCUCUGCCGGGGUGGCCGCGGGUCGACAGGCCGAAGAGGCGUUGCCGGCCCCCGCCGAGCCUCCGCUGGCCGAGACCAAGCCGCUGCCGCCGCCGCAGCCGCCCGCGCCGGCCGCCGCCGCGCAGGGCCCGCAGCCGCCCGCGCCCCGGCCCCCGUCGCCGGCGGGCCUGAAGGAGGACGAGAGCUACUCCUUUCUGCCCCUGGUGCACAACAUCAUCAAAUGCAUGGACAAGGACGGCCCGGACAUCCACCAGGACCUGAACGCCCUCAAAACCAAGUUCCAGGAGCUGCGCAAGAUCAUCAGCACCAUGCCCGGCAUCCACCUGAGCCCUGAGCAGCAGCAGCAGCAGCUGCACAGUCUGCGAGAGCAAGUCAGGACCAAGAAUGAGCUUCUGCAGAAGUAUAAGAGCCUCUGCAUGUUUGAGAUCCCCAAGGAGUAGAGGCGGCCCGGGCCGUCUUCCAGCGAGACCCCAGGGAGAAAAUGGCCUUUCCGCCCGCCCCUCCGUGCCCACCACAGGAGGCUGGUUCUUCUGUCCUCUCCGGAAUAUUUGUGGCUGAGCAGGGUGGGGGCUUUUGUACGGCCUCCUUAAUUCAAGCUUGUCAGUGACAGUGCAAGGAGCCAGCCCUCGAACUUGGCUUCUUCGGGGCUUCUUUGUACAGAGCCGUAUGUCCAGAUGCUUGGUGCUGGAAGGAAGAGUGUUCCCAGAGGCUGGGGAGGGCUGGGUGGGGCUCGAGCCUUCCUCUGGGGAGUGGGCCAUCUGCCGUGUGCCCAGGCUUCUCCGAAGGCACACAGUAGAAAGGAGGCAACUCCCCUUUGCUUCCUGCCCUCCUCCCCCGCCCCCCUAGUAUGAUCAGUAUGUACCAGGUACAUACUGUUCCUGUUAACAGCCAUGUCUGGACAUUUGCAUAGAAUACAUCCAGGAGAUUUGGCCUGCUCUCAGCAUGAACUUAAAAUGGUAAAAGAAGGGGGUGAGCGAACGGAACAUGGGUUUUGAAAGACUACGGGGUGGCCUGCCCUCACGCCCCCAAAACAGUUUGCUUCCUUUCAUGUUUGAGCCAGUGAAUAUAACUGUCUGUGGGGGAGUCUGCUGCCAGACAGCCCCUCUCUUGAA